AUGCCUGCCCUUGCCGGCUCUGCGCGAGCCGCCGCUCGAACUGCCAACGCAUCCUCUACAGCCCGCUUGUCCCAGCUUCGGGGCCACUUCAGUACCACGUCCUCGGCCCGAAGAGAAGUCCAAGAGGCCUACAUUCUGUCAGCGUCCCGCACACCUACGGCCAAGUUUAAUGGCUCCUUCAUGAGCAUGUCUGCUCCCGAACUCGGUGCAGUUGCCAUCAAGUCUGCCCUGGAGAAAUCCAAGGUUCCCGUUUCCAAGAUCACAGAUGUAUACAUGGGCAAUGUCCUCGCAGCCAACGUGGGCCAGGCACCCGCGAGACAAGCUUCUAUCUUCGCCGGCCUGCCGCCCUCUGUCGAAGCCGUGACCAUCAACAAAGUCUGUGCUUCUGGCCUAAAGGCUGUUGCAAUUGCUGCACAGAACAUCCAACUCGGACUUGCUGAGGCACAGAUUGCUGGCGGAAUGGAGUCAAUGUCUCGUGUGCCUUAUUACCUGCCACGAGCCGCGCAGAACCCACCCUUUGGCCAUGUCAAGAUGGAAGAUGGCUUAAUCAAGGAUGGUCUUUGGGACGUUUACAAUCAGUUCCACAUGGGUAAUUGUGCCGAGAACACGGCCAAAAAGUUCAAGGUCUCGCGCGAGGCGCAGGACGAGUAUGCGAUCCGCUCGUUUGAGCGUGCACAGGCUGCAUGGGCGGACAACAAGUUCGCCGAUGAAGUCGCACCCGUGACUGUCAAAGGAAAGAAGGGCGACGUCACCAUCACCAGAGACGAGGGCUACGACAAUCUGAAGAAGGACAAGGUCGCGGGUCUUAAGCCUGCUUUUGUCCGAGACGGUACCGGUACCGUGACUGCCGCCAACUCGUCCACUUUCAACGAUGGUGCCAGCGCUCUGGUGCUGGGAAAUAAAGAAAUCGCUCAACAGUACGGCAAAGACAGCCGCGUCCUUGCCCGGAUCGUAAGCAGUGCCGAUGCUGCCAUCGACCCUGUUGAUUUUCCGGUGGCACCUGCUAAGGCUGUGCCCAUUGCUUUGGAGCGCGCUGGCAUUACGAAGGACGAUGUUGCAGUCUGGGAAUUCAAUGAAGCUUUUGCAGCAGUCAUCAAGGCCAACGAACAGAUUCUUGGCCUCGAAAACGCGGUGGUAAACCCUCUUGGUGGUGCCAUCUCACUCGGACACGCACUUGGCAGCUCUGGCUCGCGUAUUCUCACUACCCUCUUGCACCAACUUAAGCCUGGAGAAUAUGGUGUCGCCGCCAUCUGCAACGGAGGGGGCGCUGCGACCGCCAUGGUUGUCCAACGGAUUGAUGCAGUUUAA